AUGGCGCUGCAGGAAUGGGUUCAGGACCCGGGCUGGAAAUUCCUCCGCCAAUCCGAUGAGGAAAAGCUCCAGGAGCAAGCUUCCCGGAAAUUUGACAACAAAACUCACACUUGGGUCCCGGAUCCGGAAGAAGGAUUCCUCAUCGCAACCAUCACCGUCGACGAGUCCGACCAGCUGACCGUCACCCUACCAAAUGGCACCCAAAAAAAACUUCCCCGCGAACAAUGCCAAGAAAUCAACCCGGCCAAGUUCGAGAAGACCGAAGACAUGAGCAACCUGACGAUGCUCAACGAGGCCUCCGUGCUUCAUAACCUGCGUCAACGUUAUAGGAAUAUGAUGAUCUAUACCUAUUCCGGUCUGUUCUGCGUGUUUGUCAACCCCUACAAGAUGCUGCCUAUCUAUACCGACUCGGUUGCCAAGAUGUACGUUAACCGUCGUCGUGCUGAGAUGCCGCCCCAUCUUUUUGCUGUGGCUGAUGAGGCGUUCAGAAAUAUGAUUUCUGAACAUGAGAAUCAAUCGAUGUUGAUUACUGGAGAAUCUGGAGCUGGAAAGACGGAAAACACCAAAAAGGUCAUCUCUUACUUUGCGAUGAUCGGAGCUGCUACCCUCCCAUCAGUUGGCGGACAGGGCGAGGCUGUCGAAGAGAAGAAGAAAUCUGAGAAUUCUCUUGAAAACCAAAUCGUCCAAGCCAACCCAGCAAUUGAGGCUUUUGGUAAUGGUGCUACCGUCCGUAACUACAACUCGUCCCGUUUCGGAAAGUUCAUUCGAAUCCAUUUCGACAAACGUGGACGUCUUGUUGGUGGCGAUAUCGAGCAUUACUUGCUCGAGAAGUCUCGUGUGAUCAAGCAGGCCCCCGGCGAGCGUUCCUAUCACAUCUUCUAUCAAAUGAUGACACAGAAGAAAUUGCGAGACCGCUACUCCCUGACCGAUAACGUCCGUGACUACAAUUUUGUCGCCCAAGCCGAAGUCACCGUACCAUGCAUGGAUGACAAGGCCGAAUUCCAGGCCACCGAUACGGCCUUUGAUGUCAUGGGCUUCAGCGAGGCCGAAAAGGAUGAGCUCUACAAGACCUGCGCUGCCAUCAUGCAUAUGGGCAACAUGAAGUUCAAGCAAAAGCCACGUGACGAACAGGCAGAAAUUGAUGGAAUGGAUGCACCGGAAAAGGCAGCCCGUCUAUUCUGCGUAAACGUCGACAUUUUCCUCAUGGCUCUGCUUUCCCCGAAAAUUAAAGUUGGAACCGAAUGGGUUACCAAAUCGCAGAACGUGCAACAGGUCGACUGGGCUGUUGGAGCGCUUUCUAAAGCCAUCUAUGCUCGAGUCUUCACUUGGCUCAUCAAUCGCUGCAACCAAACCCUAACUGGCCAUCUUGAAGACGCUGCCAACUACAUCGGUGUCCUUGACAUUGCUGGUUUCGAAAUCUUCAACCGCAACUCCUUCGAGCAGCUCUGGAUCAACUUUGUCAACGAGAAGCUCCAGCAAUUCUUCAAUCACCAUAUGUUUGUGCUUGAGCAGGAGGAAUACAAACGCGAGGGAAUUGAGUGGACGUUCAUCGAUUUCGGACUUGAUCUUCAGGCCUGCAUCGAGUUGAUUGAAAAGCCUCUCGGCAUCAUCUCUAUGCUCGAUGAGGAAUGUAUCGUGCCCAAGGCCUCCGAUAUGACCUACGUGGACAAACUCGUCAACCAGCACCUCGGAAAACACCCCAACUUCUCCAAAGCAAAACCGCCAAAGGGCAAGGAGGCUGUUGCUCACUUUGCCAUCGUCCACUACGCGGGCACUGUACGGUACAACGCUGAGCAGUGGCUCGAUAAGAACAAGGAUCCGCUCAACGAUUCCGCUGUUGCAUGCCUGAAGGCUGGAAACCAAGAUGCUUUGGUUUGCAAGAUCUGGCACGACUAUAUGACUGAUGUUGAUAGGGAGGCUAAUGCUGCACGAGGCAAAACCGAACAAGGCGGCAAAAAGAAGGGCAAAUCCGCCUCGUUCAUGACCGUGUCCACAAUGUACAGGGAAAGCUUGACCUCCUUGAUGACGAUGCUCCACUCGACACACCCUCACUUCAUCCGUUGCAUCAUCCCCAACGAGAAGAAGACCUCUGGGCUGAUUGAGGCGCCGCUGGUGCUCAACCAGUUAACCUGUAACGGAGUGCUGGAAGGAAUUCGUAUUUGCCGCAAGGGAUUCCCUAACCGGAUGUGCUACGAUGAAUUCAAAUAUCGGUAUGCUAUCUUGGCCGCUGAUGAGGCUGCCGACAAGGACACAAAAAGCGCGUCGGUAAAGAUGUUGGACAAGAUUUUGAAAAAGGGACACAUUGAGCAAGACCACUUCCGUUCCGGAGCGACCAAGGUGUUCUUCCGCGCCGGAGUCUUGGCUCGUCUUGAAGAUGCCCGUGAUGAAGCCAUCUCGAAAUUCAUUCUCUACUUCCAAGCCGCCAUCCGAGCCCGUCUUGCUUUGGAUGACUACGCCGCGAAGCAACAACAAAUCGCCUCAUCGCAGGUGAUCCAGGAAAAUAUUCGCGCCUGGCUGGUUAUUAGGAAGUGGCCGUGGUUCCGCCUCUACGCCAAACUCAAGCCACUACUCAAGGGCAUGAAGUCAAACGCUGAGAUCGAGGCCCUAGAGAAGCGGUGCAAGGAGAUCGAGGCCGCCCACAAGCUGGAGGAGGACACCAGAAAACGGUUGGAGGAUGAGCUACGCGCCAAGAAGGACGAAUGCGCUGACACCCAAGCAUCCCUCGAUCGCGAACGAGCAGCGAUCGAACGGAGGAAUAAAGAAAUCGAGGAGUUGAAUGCCAGCCUUCGCAAGGAGCAGGAGAAGCUCGAGGAGGCUGACAAGAAGCAGAAAGAUUUGGAGAGACAGCGGGAGAGGGAGAGAAAGGAGGCUGAAGAUAGAGAACGCCUGGUGGCCGCCGAAUUGGAGAAGGAGAAGGCCAAGGCCAGGGAAGAAUCUGAAGCCCUGAAGGAAAAGCUUCGCGUUGCAGAUGAGGCUGCGCAGAAGGUGGAGCGGAUGAGGAAAUCUCAGGAAAAAGAAUUGUCUGACGUCGUCAACCAGCUCGAAGCCGCCCGGCAGAAGAGCGAACGCCAAGAGAAUGAGCGCAAUAAGAUUGCCGAACAGCUUGAAAAGGCCGAAAACGAGGCGAUUGCCGAACGAAGGCAGAAGGAAGAGAUCCAGAAAGCCAACAAGAAGCUCGAGGCUCAGCUGAGAAAUAUGAAAGAACAAAUGGAGCUGAUGGGCAAGGAUCGUCAGUCCUCGGAUAGUGACAUGAAGCGCCGCGAUGAGGAGAUUUCGAUUAUGAAGGGCAAGGCGUUAUCCGAUGCCAACAUUAUCUCAAAGCUUCAGUUCAACCUUCGGGCUUGCCUUGCAAGAAUUGAGGAACUUGAGCAAGAUCUGGAUGCGCAGUUUAGAGCGCGCAACAGGAUUGAACGUAACCGGAAUGAGCUUCAAUCACAAUUGGACAGCAUCAACGAACAGUGCGCCGAAGCUCGCGGUCAAUUGACUGCCCAGAUCCACGUUAACAAUACCCGAGCGGGAGAAAUGGCUGAGCUACAUCGUGAGCUUGAGCGGAAAUCGCUUACCCAUGAGGCAUACGUUGCUGAUCUAUGCUCUAUGCAAUAUUUGACAAUUUCACAGCUACGCAAUUUGUCGCAACAGGCUGCAACCAUCGAAAAUGAGGCCUCGCAACUCCUUGACAUCCGCCGAGCACAAACCCUGGCUGGUGCUCUCGUCCGUGACAAUACCGUAUCCGUCUAUGAUGAAAAC